AUGUUGCGACAUUUGCGUCUCAAAAUACCAAAAAUGUCGAUUUCCACUCGCAUAUUGCCCGCAGACCCGCGGUCCAUUUCCUUUAUCGGUGACGUUCCUGUCUUUUCCGAUAAAGUCACAGAAACAAACUUGCAUCUAGCGGCAAAGGAAGUUGCUAAAUCUGGCUCGGUCGUUGCCUUCCCUACCGAAACCGUCUAUGGACUUGGAGGCUCGGCAUUGGAGGACUCUUCAGUGGAGGCCAUCUAUGCUGCAAAAAAUCGUCCAGCAGACAACCCUUUAAUCGUGCAUGUCUCAUCUUUGGAACAGGUGGGACGGCUUAUUCUCACACAACUGCAUAAGAUUCCGUCUGUUUAUGAUGAGCUUAUUUCAAAAUUCUGGCCAGGCCCUUUAACCAUUCUUCUACCAAUUGAGGAGGGGAGUCCUGUGCUGAACUUGGUAACUGCUGGUCAGAAAACUGUUGGAGUUCGCAUGCCUAGUAACAAUAUUGCACGGGCCCUCAUAGCAUUAAGCGAUACGCCUCUCGCGGCACCAUCUGCGAAUGCAUCUACUCGUCCCAGUCCGACUCUUGCUAGCCAUGUAGAAGCCGAUUUGAAGGGUAAGAUCCCUAUAAUUUUGGAUGGAGGCGCAUGUAGUGUCGGGGUGGAGUCAACCGUUGUUGAUGGCCUCUGUAGUCCCCCUAUGUUACUUCGGCCUGGUGGUGUAUCGCCUGAAGAGGUGAAGCAGUACGGUGGAAAGCAAUGGCUGGACCUUGUGUUGGCCAAGAAGACGGCAGGCAAAAUGGAGCCCGUAAGAACUCCAGGAAUGAAGUACCGUCACUAUUCGCCCAGCGCCAAGGUUGUUUUGUUCAAUAAUUGUGGUGAUGGUCGCCAUGCUGUACAGAAGUACAUGGAGCAUAAGCAAUGCAAAGUGGCAUUGUUGCGAACCAAAAAGUUCUGCUCUGCGGCUGACAUGGGCUAUAGCGAUUUUGUUGAAAGAAAUAUGGGCACGACCGCUGUUGAGAUUGCACGCAAUUUGUUCAAGGACUUGCGUGCUGUUGACGAAAUGGGCGUGGAGUUGAUCCUCGUGGAGGGAAUAGAUGAGGUGGACGAUGGCCUUGCGGUAAUGAACAGACUCAGCAAGGCUGCAAGCGAGACCAUCGAUGGAGCCGACCUUCAGUAG